CUGGACCUGCUCCAGAACCGAGGCCAGAGGCCCCACCACCAGUUCCUGUUCCACUACUGCAACGCCUACCUGAACGCCGUCAGGUGGACGCCCGCCAACAGUAGCUCGGUGUUUAUAGGUAGCUCGGUGUUGAUAGGUAGCUCUGUGUUUAAGGCCUUCUUCUUCACGCCGACCUUCUCCCCGGAGGACGGGGCCUCCUGCGUGCACACGCACGUGUGCCUGUGCACGCCGGAGAGCGUGACCCCCCACGCCCCCCCGCUGCUCUACGACCUGCGCGGGGACCCGGGCGAGGCCCGCCCGCUGACCCCCCGCUCCCAGCCGGACCUCCACAUGGACCUUUACCUGGACGUCUACCUGGACCUCUAG